AUGGCUUCCACCGCCACCGCCGCUGCUUCUCCCCGCCUCGCCUUCCCUCUCCUCUCUGCAUCAGCCUCCUCAUCGUCGUCCUCCAAUACCCUUCGUUUCCCUCACCGCCGCAGCCGUGCCUCCCGCUCCUCCGCCGCCGUCGCCGCCUUCAAGAAGCUCUCCGAGGCGUCCCCCGUGCCCAUCCCUCAGGAGCCCACCCAGCCCCUGAUCGACGAGGACACGCUGCCCUCCAAGCCCGGGGUCUACGGCGUCUACGACCCCGCCGGGGAGCUGCAGUUCGUCGGAAUUUCGCGUAACGUCAGGGCCAGCGUCGAGGGCCACCGCCGGAAGGUCCCCGCCAACCUCUGCGCCUCCGUCAAGGUCGCAGUAUCAGACGAGGAGACACCAGAUCGAGCUGCCCUUAAUAAUGCCUGGAAAUCAUGGAUGGAAGAACAUAUAGAGGCCACUGGCAAGGCGCCACCAGGGAAUGUUGCAGGAAACUACACCUGGGUUGGUGCCCCCCAGAGGCCUCCAGACUUGCGGUUGACACCUGGACGCCAUGUCCAGCUGACUGUUCCACUAGAACAGUUGAUAGACCGGUUGGUGAAAGAGAACAGAGUGGUAGCCUUCAUCAAAGGAUCAAGGAGUGCUCCCCAGUGCGGAUUCUCACAAAGGGUGGUAGGUAUCUUGGAAGCACAUGGAGCAGAUUUCGUUACUGUUGAUGUGCUUGAUGAGGAGCACAACCAUGGGCUAAGGGAGACCCUGAAGACGUACAGCAACUGGCCGACUUUCCCUCAGAUUUUCAUUGGAGGGGAGCUCGUGGGAGGCUGUGAUAUUAUUUCAUCCAUGGCUGAAAAAGGGGAGCUUGCUGCCCUAUUUCAGAAAUUGGGCUUACGUGCUGGAUGA